AAUGUGUGACAGACCAGUGACAGACAUUUUUCAAUUGCUCGAAAUUUUUCCUUCCCUUCGUCGUGAAGAAAUAGUUUCGUCUUUUUUAUCGCUCGUACGUUAAUCCGAUUUUGUUCUACGGGUAUUACGGGUAACAUUUCUACAAUGCAUUCCGGACGCCUAUCGUGGUCUUACCUUCUCUAACAGAUUCUUAAGUUUUUAUCUCCAAUGGCUGCUGCUGGCAUGCACUCCCUCUUGAGCUUGAAUAAUCUCUCAAGUUUAUCCCAUAGUCAUUUCUUUCGUAAGUUUUUCUGUAUUUGAUUGAACUCCAUCCGUCUGCCCUACAGUCGGCAUAAUGGACAAAGAACAGAUCAUUCUAUUUGCUGGAAUCACAGGCUGUGCCCUAGCCCUAGCAGCAUAUGUCAUUUGGGGACCCUCGCCGACCAGGAAAAAGAAAGGACCCAUCGUUGGACUGCGGAAUCUGGGAAUGACCUGUUUCCUAAACACAGUGCUCCAGUCACUAGCAUCAUGCUCAUUCUUUGUUGAGUGGUCAGUGUCACUACCUCGAAAAGGAAACCUUACCCAAACCAUUGAGAAAAUAUUAAGGAUUUUAAACGGAGAGGUAAAUGGAGUGGAUAUUCCAUAUUCUCCAAUUGAAAUUGUGUCAGCAAUCCGUAAGCAUGGCUGGACUAUGCCUCACUCUGAACACGAUGCUCAUGAAUUUUUCCAUGUUGUCUUAACAUCCAUUGAAGAAGAAAUCACCAAAAACAGUCCUCUGAGGAAAAGUUGUCUGCUAGAUGUUCUGGAAGAAGAACCCUCAUCCACAGAAGAGAAACAUCAGGACCAUGGAGAUACUCCACCAGACACGCAAAACAUUUCAAUUGUAGAAAACAAGAUAAUUGUCUCAAAUGGUGACAUUGCACCGACAAGGAGUUUUGCGUGUAUCAACAAAACAUCUCUGAGCUUGGUGGACAAGUCUAAACCUUCUCCAUUCAAAGGGUUUCUCACCAGUCAAUUAAAAUGCACCGGAUGUGGAUUUGUGUCUCCAUUAAGGUACGAUCCAUUUGACAGCAUUUCACUUCAUCUUCCCUCAGCUUCAUCAGUUCUUACACACUAUUCCUUAACACAACUCUUGGACAAGUUCGUUGAAACAGAGCAAGUUGAAGGUGUGGAGUGUGAAGGUUGCAACAAAAACCGUGCCGAAACGACUCCAGUCAUCUCCACAGAGGCUCUGAAAACGCUUCGUUUUGGCAAAUUACCAAAGUGUCUAUGCUUUCACAUUUCAAGACUAACUAUGCAAUCAAAUGGCACAACAUACAAAAGGCAGGAUACUGUGGAAUUCUCAGAAUAUCUCACUAUGGACCCGUAUACUCACAAUACUUUAAUCAAGAAAAACAUUAGCAAUAACAAAAUUUCAAAAGAAACCAAUGAAUCAAAUGGAAGUAUCAGGCCUGAAGACAUCCCUGAAUGCAAAAAUCACCUUUAUCGAUUGAAAGCUGUGAUAGUACACUGUGGAAGCAGCGAAUGGGGUGGCCAUUUCAUCACGUAUCGCCACGGAUAUCUACGAUCUCAAACUAGACACAGGUGCAAAGAUUCCCGAAACAAUCCCAGGUGGUUCUAUACUUCUGAUGAAGAAGUGCGCCAGACAUCUUUGGCAGAAGUUUUAUCCUCGUUGCCGUACAUGCUUUUUUAUGAAAAAUGCGAAACGCCCGGUCCAGAAGAUUAAUCUGAAAGAUUACCAGCGGAUUUUUCUUUUCCUUGCCAAUCAGAACAUUUCACAGCUACCUAGUCAUUAUCAUAAUUUAUUCUGAGCCUCAUUUUUGAGGUUUUUACUAAUAAAAGGUUAAGAAAAAAAGACUUGAGUAGAUUAUAGUGGUUUUUGUUGUAUAUUUUGAUGUGUCUGUACUCAUUGUGAUGUACCAAGAGCAUUGGUAAUUUCUUGUCUGUAAUCUUAUUUGUUCUUUUUUACAAAAAUAUUUGUACUUUUUUAACUUCCGCAUUUUUAUGGUUCUGAGGUUCUCUAGUUGUACUUUAAGUUACUCUUGUCAGUGCUCAGAUCAUUUUAUGAGUAAAAUUUCAAAAUCUUUUGGUGAUCAUGUCAUGAAGAACAGACUUAUUUCAUUGAGUUCAGUUGCAACUCAUCAGCUGACAACUUCAAGAGAAAUAUUCUUCAAUUUAGUUGAAGACAUCAAACUAAAAAUCGAAUCAGAUGGUGCAAAAACUAAUGUCAAUUUUUCCAGUUUUGAAUUUGAUUGCGUUAACAGCACUUUUCAAGGGUGGAUACAGUCCUAAAAGUUCUGUAAAGACUGGUGUAAUAAGAAGUCUUGAAGUUGCCUUAACGGCAAAACGAGUCUUAACACCACUGCCAUGAUUGUAUGUAACCUUGCGAAGUACAUAUUAUCAACCCCUCUUAAACUGAAAUCUUGAAUAUCUAUCUGAAAUAAUAGACAUUUUGUUCAUACUCAAAAAUUUCCUUACAUAAAUGCGUGAAUCCCUUUUGCAGUAAAUUAUCUUGAGAUUAGUUUACAAUAUUUUGUUUGUUGGGGAGUCGGUAAAAAAGAGUUAAUCAGUAUUGAAGAAAUUGGCUUGACAAAUUUAUCAUUAAGAAAGCUAUAGUUAGAGAUUUGAGCUUCUGAGGCAAGAGUUCUCAUCAUUAAUGUAGAAUGUGAUUGUAUUUAUGCUUUCAGAAUCGAAUAAUGUCCAAGCUUAAUCAAGUAAUUUGCCACUUCAGCUUCUUCACUACUUUAAGUAAAUCCACAGACUUGAGUGUUUGAAUAGUUUAGUUUAGAUCUGAUUUUUAUAGCAAGAAGCUACAUAGCAGCAGGUCUUGGAGUUAGGCACUCGAGCUGUCUAUGAAAAAAUUCUAUUUGAUUUUACUGUUCCUCCCUCCUCACCUUUAUGUUGUUCCUCCAAAACUGUUUCAUCUUGCUUUGCCAAAGAAACAGGUCUACUCGGAAAUACUGUCUAAAACUGAACUUUCCUUUUCAAUGCAUGAAUAUUGAAUAUGUAUCUUGAAGUAAAUUGAAAUUUUGUAUUGGAUAAUUCAAUUAAAUGACAAGCUACACCAGUAUGAA